AACAUAACACCGAUUAUUUUCGUCUAAAAGAAAAAUGUCAUAUACAGCUAGGGUGACUUGAGAGUGAGGCUACUGUCCCUUUAAGUGGCUUUUAUAAAUGUGCCUUUAAAAACAUUGCUAGUAUGGAUCAGAGACUAAACAAUGGCAUUGGCCUAUUAAGAUAUGCAAGUUGAUUUUAGUUAAAAGACAGCUCAAACAUGCAUUUUAGACGGACUAGACUGAAGCCCCGUCUGUGAAGCCGGCCAUCAGUGAUUUUAAACAUGAAACAUGAUGAGGUCAUGUGAUCACAGUGUAGUAAACUACUAUUAUAAGCUACCAGGUGAUGGCAGUGAGGGAUCACAAAAAUAGAAAAACUGAUUUUCUACCUUGAUUUACAACAUAUUAUGCCAUUUAUGGUUGUAAAUGUACUUAUACAAUAUUCAUUCAUCAUUAUAUAAAGAUUUACAGUAUAAUCUCCCAAAACACGCUUCCGUUUAUUUUCAUUCAUUUAAACACAGAAGUUUUGUUUGUGUUUUUGAUAACUUAUUAUAUGUUUAUAAUAGAUAGUCUCUUUCAGGGUUUAAAUUGUGGGUUAAUAGUUUAGUUCUUGAACAACUAUGCUACCAAAAGCUCUGCAGAUUCCACCAAAAAACAAAAACACUGAAAUUUUACCAUUAUCACUCGUAUACUGACUGUAAAAUGUUACGUAACAUAUUCAUUAACAUAUUUCAAGGUUAAACUGAUUUUAUGUUUCUUUGGUUGAGUACACAUGCAUGUCAGCUAUUGGCCCCCCUCUGACAUGUGUUAUAAAGAGAACAUUUGCUUUGUCUGAUGUUUAGCUUAUUAUGUGUAUUGAGCGUAUUGCACAAUGUUAGUUAUUCCAAAUGUGUAUAACUUAAUUUCCAGUCAGUUUUAAUCAUGUUAUAUAAAUUGGUAUAAAUAUCAGAACAGAUCAUUUAGAUUAAAGAAUAUACCGUGAUGUAACACAUCUGUGUUAAAAGUAAGUUGAAGAAGGAAAUGACCCGUUAGCUCAGAGAGCCAAUGGAAACAUGUCACAAGGCUUCCAAUCGAGAAGGUUUCACACAGAGAAGGUUUUAGAGAAUUAACCUUCUAAGUUUGUGCCCUGGAGCUCAUUAUGAAAAUGAAUGUCAUUCUACUCACUAUAUGCGUUCUCUUUAAUAAACCAUCAAUGCAACAUUCUGGAAGUAUUUUGCAGAUGGGGGAUGUAACAGUUCAAGUGGGUGAUGAUGUGGCAUUUCACUGCUUUCACCCAAAAGACCAAAUUAAUAGAGUAUUGUGGUUCAAACAGACUCUGGGAGAAAAGCCUGCUCUUGUAGCCUCUUCAUAUCACUGGUCUCAAGACGGUGAACUUCAUGAUGAGUUUGGAAAGAUAAAGCGCUAUAAAAUAAAUUCAGGGCCUGGCAGCUUUAAUCUAACCAUUGAAAGGACUGUACAAUCCGAUUCAGCCACAUAUUAUUGUGCAGGUUCCUCUAUGAACAUUGUCUACUUUGGAGCUGGAGCUAAUCUGGUGCUUAGAGGUUCUGAAUCCAACCAGAUUCAUAUUCUUCAGGAAAAGCAACCUGGAAGAUCAUCAUCAGAUGGAAAUGUGACUCUGCAGUGUACAAUCCAAAGUGAAGAAGAGAGUUGUGGAGGCGAACACAGGGUCUAUUGGUUCAGACCCGGUUCAGAAAAAUCCAGUCCAGGAAUCAUUCACGCUCAAGAAAGUUGUAAAAACAGCUCUGUGACUGCUUCUCCUUCCAGGAGCUGUGUCUACAGUCUCUCUAUGAGAAACAUCAAGCCUGGGACUUACUACUGUGCUGUGGUCGCAUGUGGGGAGAUUUUGUUUGGACACGGAAUUACUCUGGAUAUCGACGAUGGACAUAACUUGCACUUCUACAUUCUCAUUGGCCUUUCACUAUUGCUGGUCAUAAGCUUCAUCAUUAAUGUUCUACUUUGCGUGACAAAGACAAAAGGCAACACAUCUCAGCAAGUUCACACAACAGAGUCAAGGGUACAGUACAACAGGACCUCUGAUAUGAAUUAUGCUGCCAUAAACUUCACAAAUUCCCAAAGUUCAAGACAGCAGAGAGUGGAGAUGCAAUGGCAGACAGAAAACUCUGGACUGGAAUUAAACGAUUCUGCACCGUAACUGUAUUUGUACUGUAUUUCAGUACUGUAUUUGUAAUUGCUAAUAUUGUUUCUCAACCAGAGCCAUGUACAUUUAUGUUCUGAAAUAAUUAUGAAAUUUAAAUGUCUCUUUAUUCUGUUGAAAUAACCACACCCAUGCAUUGUGCUCUUUCUUAAUGUGUAUUAAUGUACUGUAUGAGAAUAAAGUGUCUUAUUUUU